AUGAAUACUAAGGCGAGGAAGGUUCAAGGGAACCGUCAUCCAAGGAACACUGGUGAAUUCGUCUUCUCAGGAGGGCGUGGCGUUGACGAGCGUUUCUGUAGACGCGCGUUUGCCGAGCCUUGUGCCACAGAGGUGGUUCCAAGCUCACCUAGUAUGCUCGCUUGGACGGCGUCGCCUUCGCCUUUUCGCCGAUGCACGUUGAAUGCUGCUUCCAUAUCGCCUCGGAGAAGCGCUUUCGCGAGGUGCCCGCUCAGACCCCUCGGUCGAAAGGCGUUGCGAGCGCGCUUGCACGCGAGCUUAGAGCCACCGCGAGACACUGCAGCCACCAGUUCCCAUGAAUUCACACAUCACGUGACUGAGAAGGCCAAAGAUUGGAGCGGCUCUGGAACUUGGCUGCAAAGCUACAUCGAGCAGGGUCCGCUGGCGGCGGCGAUUCCCCCGCAGUAUGCGCCAAGUCGCUCGCUCUCGCGCUGGCAGGCAUGGGGCUCGUACCUAUUUAAAGAACUCGGCUUGGACGGGACCCUUGAGCGCGAUCAAAAUCGCAUUUUUCGUUUCUAUUUACCUGUUUUUGCCUGGUCCCUACAUGUUGUCAACCGACUGCAACGAGACGAGAGACGGAAGCAGCACGGCGUCAUUAUCGGACUGCAAUGCCCUCAAGGAGGCGGAAAGACCACACUGACAGCUGCACUCCAGAAAUUAUUCGAUCUCGAGCAACGUCGGUGUGUAUCUCUCAGCAUCGAUGAUUUUUAUCUAACUCGUCGCGAGCAGGAGGCACUAGCCAGAGCGUUUCCCGAGAAUCCGCUGCUGGGCUCAAGAGGCAACCCGGGGACGCACGAUAUCUCGCUUGCGCUGCAGGUUUUGAACGAGGUGGUAGCUGCACCGUAUCCAGGGGAACAUGCAGAGGUUGCGGUGCCGCGUUACGACAAGUCCGCCUUUCAAGGACUGGGCGAUCGUGCUCCGCCAGAGCAGUGGCCCCUUGUGAGCCGGCCUGUUGAUGUCGUCUUCCUGGAGGGCUGGUGCCUCGGAUUCCGACCGCUGGCGCUACACGAGCGACCUGCUACAAUGGACCCGAUUACCUUGCGUCAUUUGAUGCAAGUCGAUCGAUUCCUCGCGGAAGACUUUAGUCGGCUCUACCCGCUCUUGGAUGCAUUUAUUGUCAUUGCAUUGGAUGGUCCGAAAUUAAGUGAAUCCUUACGGAUUGUGUACCAGUGGCGCCUCGAGGCUGAACAGCAGAUGCGGGCUGCAGGGCGACCAGCCAUGACCGAUGAGCAGGUCUACGCGUUUGUCGAUAAGUUUAUGCCAGCGUACAAGGCGUAUUUAGGUGAUUUGUAUGGCGGCCCGCCUCUUACUGGAAACUUGUCGCGGGAAUUGCGCGUUGGUAUCGAUGAAACCCGCUCGCCAACUCGACUGAACCCGCACUCGGAGCUCGUUCCUUGA